GUUACGGACACCACCAGUGCGGCACACCAGUAAUGGUACAUCGCGAUCCGUUAGAGGGGUUAUAAGGGCAUUAUAGACACUUGGUAUUGUUUAUUGGCAUGAGGGGUAUGCAUUGCCGUCAGAUAGGCUUCCACCAAGGGCUAGAUAAGUGUUGGAUUCAACUACACCAGCCAAUCGGACGAUCGGGUGUCGCGAGUCACGAAGGUCUAGCUUAACAAGUAUAGAACUAACAGUGAGACAUACCCUUUCCCCGCAGUUGAUAGAUAUCUAGCAGCUGCUUGGUUCUCCCGCAGUAGGUUAGCGCCUGAUGCUCUAUUUAAAGGCGUCUCUUGCAAUCAUAUAAAGGCUACUUGCAACCCAUACUACUCUUCCCUCUUUAACAAAAGAGCAUCAAUUCCAAAAGCAUCCGACCUCCAGGCAGCACUCUCUAUUUUAUACUUUGAACAGAGUUCACUAGAUUAACAAUGGCAGCACCACGUAUGACUCCAGACCUUCCCACCGAGCAAUGGGCUCAGGUAGUCGAGGAAACGGGCAAGCCUGUUGUCUAUAAGAAGAUCCCUGUUCGACAACCCGGCCCAGAUGAGGUCCUCAUCAACAUCAAAUAUUCGGGUGUCUGUCACACUGAUCUUCACGCGGUCAACGGCGAUUGGCCAAUACCUACCAAACUUCCUCUGGUCGGUGGACACGAAGGUGCUGGUGUCGUUGUUGGCCUUGGGUCUCUAGUUGAGGAUAUUAAGCUUGGUGACUAUGCUGGCGUAAAGUGGAUCAACGGCACCUGCCUGCAAUGCUCCUUUUGCCAACAAGCAGACGAGCCGCUCUGCUCGAAGGCUCUACUUUCCGGUUAUACAGUGGACGGAACUUUCCAAGAAUACUGCAUCGCAAAAGCAGCGCACGUUGCCCGCAUCCCUAAGGAAUGCAAUCUCGAGGCCAUUGCACCCGUUCUCUGUGCUGGUAUCACCGUUUACAAAGGAUUGAAGGAAUCAAACGCACGGCCAGGUCAGACGGUUGCAAUUGUAGGUGCUGGGGGCGGGCUCGGAUCAUUGGCAUGUCAAUACGCAAAGGCGAUGGGUCUUGAAAUUAUUGCCAUUGACGGCGGUGAGGAUAAGAGGGCAAUGACUGCCAGUCUUGGUGCCAAGCACUUCGUGGACUUUAUGGCAAGCAAGGACGUUGUUAGUGACGUCAAGGCUGCCACUGAGGAUGGCCUUGGGCCCCACGCAGCCAUUGUGGUCGCUGCGAGUGAGAAGCCAUUCCAACAGGCUGCUGAUUAUGUUCGGCCCCGUGGCUCAGUUGUUGCCAUCGGUCUUCCUUCCGGCGCCUACCUUCGAGCACCAGUCUUCGACACUGUUAUCAAGAUGAUCACCAUUAAGGGUUCCUAUGUGGGUAACAGAAAAGACUCUGCAGAGGCCAUCGAAUUCUUUAGACGUGGAUUAAUUAACGCCCCAUAUAAGACUUGUGGCUUGAGCGAACUGCAGAAAGUGUAUGAUUUGAUGCAGCAGGGCAAUAUUGCAGGGCGCUACGUGGUUGACACUUCUAAGUAGAAACUCUGGGGAGCGGAAUUUCCAAUAUUUAUGAAAGAAACAUUAUUACCACGUUAUCUCACUGCCGGGGGAGGUGUGGAUUUUGGUUUGAGGACCUGCCGAUUGAUUAAACGAUAGAAUCCGGGAGCCGAGGUAUGCCUGGGCCUUCUGACAAAAUUAGCGAUGCUGUUCUAGACGUGGCAGCGGGGCCUAGGUUAUGGACUGUGCCACCCCUAAAAAACGUGGGGGGGGAAGUGGAGGGCACCCUUCCCAUUGCUUGGCACCUAGCAAUGCCAGGCAACGCUAUCGAUACCCGCAGGGCUGGGCUUAGGUGGCAGAGGCAACCACACAGAUAUAGAUUCAGAACUAGCAUGUUAAACGCCGUGUCUAGCCUAGGCUCCAUCUUAACGAUCUCCUCCAGGUUCCCCUCAGUGGCGCUACGCAGCCCCACAUUGCCACUAUCCCGCCAGUUCAUGGAGUCAGUAGAAACUCAGCUCUUCGGAAUGCUUUUGCUCAGUCACCCAUGCUUAGGUUGUAUAAACGGGUGAUAUUCGUGAUGUGCUGAAUUAUUUCGAUCUUUAGGACGAUCUUCAAGACGAUCUUCAAGACGAUCUAGUAGUGGUAGCAGCAACUUCCAAUUUGUCCCGUCGCUCGGGGAAUUGCACCUGUUCAGUCUAACUUACGGG